AAUAUGGCGGCAUGGGCUUGGACUUCUCCUAUAACAUUGCAGUGGCAGAAGAGCUGGGAAAUAUCCGCUGCGGAGGUAUUCCUAUGGCUAUUGGAGUGCAAGCUGGCAUGGCUACUCCUGCUCUUACAAGGUUUGGUUCUGAUGAGUUGAAAAAACAGUUCCUCGUACCAACUAUAGCUGGAGAUCUUGUGGUUUGCUUGGGAGUCAGUGAAGCUGGAGCUGGGUCAGAUGUCGCAAAUAUCAAGACGACAGCUGUGAGAAAAGGCGAUGAAUAUGUCAUAAACGGUGGUAAGAUGUGGACUACGUCCGGGUGCCAAGCGGACUGGAUGUGCCUGCUGGCAAACACCAGUGAAGGACCUCCCCAUCGAAAUAAAUCUCUCAUAUGUCUGCCAAUGAAUCUACCUGGCAUUCAUGUUGCUAAAAAGAUAGACAAACUGGGCAUGAGGUCGUCGGACACAGCUCAGAUCUUUUUUGAAGACGUAAGAGUCCCCAGCAAAAACCUCAUCGGUGAGGAAGGAAAGGGUUUUACGUAUCAGAUGUUGCAAUUCCAAGAAGAGCGGCUGGGGGCAGUAGCCACUGUCCUGACACCACUGGAAACUAUAAUACAAGAAACUAUUGACUACACUCGCCAGCGGAAAGUGUUUGACCAGACCGUCCUGCACAACCAAGCCGUGCACUUCCGCCUGGCCGAGCUGGCAACCGAAGUGGAGCUCCUUCGCUCGCUGCUGUACCGCACCGUAGCUCUCUAUGUGGAAGGCAACGACAUGACAAAAUUUGCUUCCAUGGCUAAGCUAAAGGCAGGUCGUCUGGCCCGUGAAGUGACUGAUAGCUGUCUCCAGUUUUGGGGAGGAAUGGGAUUCACCAGCGAGGUUCUGGUGAGCAGGUUUUACCGAGACUUGAGAUUAUUGUCAAUAGGAGGUGGUACAGAUGAAACCAUGCUUUCCAUCAUCUGCAAAUACAUGGAAACACUUCCAAGCAAGUGA